GUUAAUAAGUUGCAAACAAUUAAAAGCUCCUUUCUCAAGUGGAAGGAGGCAAGCUAAUGUUGUCCGACCAACAAGAGUUUCCAAGAAUUUGCAGGCUGGCUUACUUGGUUUAUCAGAAUCAAUGAGCUCCCUCCCUCAUCUGUUCAUUACAGAUCCGACAUUUCCCUGCAAGACGAAAUACGAUUGCAGCAAGGUUAAUAGGAUUCUGUAUUCCGAUGAUCGGAACUUAUUAUACACAAGUUUAUGAGAACAAUUUGACAGGUAAAGUGCCCCCGUCAAUCUACAAUAUAACUUCUCUGAUUGACCUGACACUCACUCAAAAUCGACUUCAAGGAUCUAUACCCCCAAUUAUUGGAUUUACAUUUCCCAAUCUGAAUAAUUUUAGUGGGCCAAUUCCUACGUCCUUUGCUAACAUCUCCUAUCUUCAAUUGUUAGAUAUAUCUGGAAAUAGUCUCACUGGAAUGAUACCUCAUGAGUUGGGGAGAUUAAAAGACUUGCGAGUACUCAAUUUUGAUACCAACAGGCUUGGAAGUGGGAAAGCUGGUGAUCUAAAUUUCAUCAGUCUCUUGGCUAAUUGUACUAAUCUAAUGGAUUUGGGUCUAAUUAAGAAUCGUCUUGGAGGAGCACUGCCACCAACCAUUGGAAACCUUUCGGACCGGUUGACAAGGAUAACCUUGGGUGAAAAUAUGUUAAGUGGAAGCAUUCCUAGUGGGAUUGAAAACCUGAUAAGCUUGCAAAUUCUUGGAAUGGAAUAUAACCAUCUCAGCGGUAGAAUCCCUCCCAGUAUUGGGAAGCUUCAGAAUUCGGGUUGGUUGUACUUGGAUGAGAACAACCUAACUGGGCCAAUUCCAUCCUCCUCCAUUGGUAACUUAUCUUCAAUCUCUAGGCUUUACAUAGACCAUAACAGACUGGAGGGAAGUAUACCACCGAGUUUAGGGCGAUGCAAAAGCCUCCAAGCUCUUGAUCUAACUCAUAACACCCUAACUGGCUCUAUACCCAAGGAAAUUCUUGGCCUCCCUUCCCUUUCAGUUUACUUAGGCUUGGACCAUAACUCACUCACUGGUCCAUUGCCAUCUGAAGUUGGUAACUUGGUUAGUUUGAGUGAACUAAAUGUAUCAGAGAACAAACUGUCUGGUAAUAUUCCCAGCAAUGUGGGUAAUUGUAGGAGCAUGGAAAGCUUGUCUCUUGAAGGGAACCAGUUUACUGGAAUUAUUCCUCCAUCUUUCGAAGCUUUGAGAGGUCUGGAAGAACUAGAUCUAUCAGCCAACAACUUGUCUGGGUCAAUUCCACAAUUUCUUGCCAACCUUCGCUCACUCAAUUACCUCAAUCUAUCCUAUAAUAACUUGGAAGGAAAAGUGCCCAAAGAAGGAGUUUUCUCUAAUUCAACCAUGAUUUUCGUCCUUGGGAAUAAGAAUCUAUGUGAUGGGCUACCGGAAUUGCAUUUACCUCCGUGCAUGCCUAACCAAACACAUUUGUCCAAUAAGCGGUUUCUAGCAUCAAGGGUGUUAAUCCCCAUAGCAUCCGUUGUCACAUUCACUGUUAUUUUGGUGUGUAUCAUUUUUGUGUGUUUUGUGCUUAAGAAGUCGAGGAAGAAUGGCUCAACUUCAUCUUCUUCAAAGGGGUUUCUACCACAAAUUUCUUACUUGGAACUCAGUAAAUCAACCAAUGGAUUCUGUAUUGAAAAUAUCAUUGGUUCGGGUAGUUUUGGCUGUGUAGUUCUAAAUCUUCGACAACAAGGUGCUUCCAAGAGUUUUGUUGAUGAAUGCAAUGCUCUCUCGAACAUACGACAUCGAAAUCUGCUCAAGAUCAUAACAUCUUGCUCGAGUAUUGAUGAACAGGGCAAUGGAUUUAAAGCUCUAGUCUUCAAUUUCAUGUCCAACGGAAAUCUUGAUUGUUGGCUUCAUCCUGCAAAUCAAGGCCACAACCAAAGAAGGUUGAGUUUCAUUCAAAGAUUGAACGUUGCCAUUGAUAUUGCCUGUGGAUUAGAUUAUCUCCAUAAUCUUUGUGAAAUCCCUAUUGUUCAUUGUGAUCUAAAGCCGAGCAAUAUAUUACUCGACGACGAUAUGGUUGCUCAUGUAGGAGACUUUGGAAUCUCCAUGGAAGGAGAUAUCUUCAGUUACGGAAUACUACUAUUGGAGAUGAUCAUCGGGAAAAGACCCACCGACGACAUGUUUGGGAAUGGAGUGGGUAUCCAUUUGUUGAGUAGAAUGGCAGUACCUCAAGAUGCCAUGGCCAUACUCGAUCCUUGUAUGCUACCUGAAGAAACACGUGAAGAAGAAGAGAAGGAAGAGAGAAUAGAAGAAAUGGUGAUAAGGAGUGCGGAAGAUGGUACAGAAAGGGUACCAAGAUGGAUGGAAGAAUGUGUAGUGUCGAUGCUGAGAAUCGGCAUAUCGUGCUCCUGCAUUGCACCUGCAGACAGAAUGUCAAUGAAUGUUGUCAUCAAUGAACUUCAAGCAAUUAAAAGCUCCUAUCUCAAGUUUACUAAGCCUCGUCCAAGUUUAAACUCACCAAACGGCCAUCCAAUGAGUAACUUCCAAAGAAAAUUACAACUCCAUAAAGCUACCAAAGCCGACGAUUCGAUUUUGCUCGUCCUCGCGAAUCCGGCCGUUCUCAGCCGCAACAUGAGGCGCAAUCCGAUUCUGUGCAUACUUUUGUACCAUACAUUUCUGCUAUCCCUGAGCUCGACUUCUGCAAAUGAAUCAGAUCGCUUGGCUCUGCUUGACUUCAAAAGCAGAGUACUCAAUGAUCCAUUUGGAAUCAUGAGCUCCUGGAACGAUUCCACGCAUUUUUGUGGUUGGGAUGGUGUUACUUGCAAUUUUACCCUCUGGAGAGUUGUAGUUUUGGAGUUGGAAGCUCGAAAAAUUAGUGGCUCUAUACCGACCUCUUUUGGAAAUAUGACUCAUCUCACUGAAAUCAGGUUGGGAGACAACAAAUUCCACGGCCAUAUUCCCCAUGAGUUCGGUCGACUUCUACAAUUGCGUCAUCUCAAUUUGUCUUUCAAUGACUUCAGCGGUGAGAUUCCGGCCAAUAUAAGUCAUUGCACAGAGCUUGUUGUUUUGGAGUUUGGUAUCAAUGGGCUAGUAGGCCACAUUCCACGCCAGUUGUUCAUGUUAACCAAGUUAGAACGGCUCGGGUUUGGUGUUAACAAUCUGAUUGGAACUAUCCCACCUUGGAUAGCAAAUUUUUCCUCCCUAUCUCGUAUGUCACUCACAUAUAACAAUUUUCAAGGAAAUAUUCCCGAAGAAUUUGGGCGCCUGACUAGAUUGGAUUUCUUCUCAGUUUCUGUGAACUAUUUGACAGGUACAGUCCCACCUUCAAUCUAUAAUAUAACUUCUUUGGCUCAGUUAUAUCUGACUAAUAAUCGACUACAAGGAAAUAUACCACCAAAUAUCGGAUUUACACUACCCAACCUUCGAGUCUUCGCCGGUGGUGGUAAUAAUUUCACAGGGCCUAUUCCGAUGACGUUUGCUAACAUCUCUGGUCUUCAAGUACUGGAUCUUCCUAAGAACAGUUUCACUGGGAUGCUACCUGAUGAGUUGGGGAGGCUAAAAGGCUUGGAGAGACUCAAUUUUGAAGACAACAGACUUGGAAGUGGAGGGGCUGAUGACUUAAAUUUCAUCAGUUCCUUGGCUAAUUGUACUAGUCUAAAGGGUCUGGGUCUAUCUAGGAAUCGCUUUGGAGGAGCAUUGCCUUCAUCUAUUGGAAACCUUUCAAAGCAGCUCACAGUUCUAAACUUGGGUGGAAAUAGGUUGAGUGGAAGCAUUCCUUCAGAGAUCGUUAACUUGAUUAACUUGCAAAUUUUUGCUGUGGAAUAUAACUAUGGUCUGAAUGGUAGUGUUCCUUCCAAUAUUGGGAAUCUUCGGAACUUGGUGAUGCUUUUGUUGCAAGGUAACAAAUUAAGUGGGUCAAUUCCACCAUCCAUUGGCAACUUGUCUUCGAUCACUAAGCUUUGCAUGAACGAUAACAGGCUCGAGGGAAGUAUACCAACAAGCUUGGGACAAUGCAACAGCCUCAUAGGUCUUGACUUAUCUGGUAACCGACUUAGCGGCGCUAUACCGAAAGAAGUUCUUCGUCUCUCCUCCCUUUCAGUCUACUUGGCCUUGAAUAAUAACUCAUUUACAGGUCCAUUGCCACUUGAACUGGGUGAAUUAGUUCGUUUAACAUUGUUGGAUGUAUCAAAGAACAGAUUAUCAGGCAACAUUUCAAGCAAUCUUGGUAAAUGUGUAAGCAUGCUUUACUUGGAUUUGAGUGGUAACCAAUUUGAGGGAACAAUUCCUCAAUCGUUAGAAGCUUUGCAAGGCCUAGAAGUACUAAAUCUUUCCAGCAACAACCUAUCAGGAUCAAUUCCCCAAUUUCUUGGAAAUCUUCACUCACUCAAGUAUGUCAAUCUAUCCUAUAAUAACUUCGAGGGAAAAGUGCCCAAAGAAGGCGUUUUUUCCAAUUCAACCAUGAUUUCUGUUCUUGGGAAUAAUAAUCUAUGUGAUGGAUUACAAGAAUUACAUUUACCUUCGUGCCCGCCUAGCCGAACACAUUCAUCCACCAAGUUUUCAUCACCUAAAGUGUUAAUCCCUGUAGUAUCAACGGUCAUAUUUACUGUUGUUCUUUUAAGCAUCCUUUAUGUGUGUUAUAAGCUCAAGAAGGGAAGGAGUAAUGCUUCAACUUCAUCUUCCUUCAUGGAUUUUCUACCACAAAUUUCUUACUUUGAACUCAGUAGAGCAACUGAUAGAUUCUCUGUAGAUAAUUUUAUUGGUUCAGGUAGUUUUGGUUCAGUGUAUAAAGGUAUUCUUUCAAAUGAUGGAUCAGUUGUUGCCAUUAAAGUUCUAAAUCUUCAACAGCAUGGUGCUUCCAAGAGUUUUCUUGAUGAAUGCAAAGCUCUCGCAAGUAUACGACAUCGAAAUCUUCUCAAGAUCAUAACUACUUGCUCAAGCACAGAUGAACAAGGAAAUGAAUUUAAAGCUCUAAUCUACAAUUUCAUGUCCAAUGGAAAUUUAGACGGUUGGCUUCACCCCACAAAUCAUGAACACAAUGAAAGAAGGUUGAGUUUCAUUCAAAGAUUGAACGUUGCGAUUGACAUUGCCUGUGGAUUAGAUUAUCUCCAUAAUCAUUGUGAAACAUCCAUUGUUCAUUGUGAUCUAAAGCCUAGCAAUAUAUUGCUGGAUGAAGAUAUGGUAGCUCAUAUAGGGGACUUUGGGUUAGCAAAAUUCAUGUUGGAAGGAUCAAAUUACCAAUCCUCUUUCAGUCAAACCAUGUCACUUGCACUUAAGGGUUCUAUCGGAUAUAUCCCUCCAGAGUACGGCAUCGGUGGUAGAAUUUCAAUUGAAGGAGAUAUCUUCAGCUUUGGAAUACUGCUAUUAGAGAUGAUUAUUGGAAAAAGACCCACCGACGACAUGUUCGGCGAUGAUGGGAACAUUCAUGAACUCGCUACAGUGGCGUUGUGUCAAGGUAUGCUAGCCAUAGUUGACCCUUCGUUAUUUGAAGAAUCGUUCCAACAAGAACAGAAUGAAGAUAUAAUACAAGAAAUCGCAAUAAUGAGUGAGGAAGAUCGUAAGAGAUUCGUACCAAGGUGGAUGGAAGAAUGUGUAGUCUCAGCAACGAAAAUUGGCUUAUCUUGCUCCUCCCCUGUACCUGGUGAGAGAACGCCCAUAAAUGUUGUCAUUAACGAAUUGCAAUCAAUUAAGAGCUCCUAUCUCAAGUUUAAUACGCCAACCCAAAAGUUCCACAGAUAUUUGUUACCUUAACCUUAGAAACGAAUGAAUUUAUUCGGCAACUAGCAUCGGGCUCUUGGUGGAAGAAUGUGCGAUGAAAAAGGCAUCGUUUAUCUCAAGGUGGAAGAAGGCUUCCCCAAUCGGCCCACGAGGCCGACUACUUGGGAGGGACAUGGCUUACCGGGUUUGGGUUAGGUCGUUAAGAGGUGGUGGGCUGAUGGCUAAGACUCCUCCAACCACAAUGGCAUGGGGGUGUUGGAGGCGGUUGCCUCGUGGCCAACUCUCAAGGGUUGAAGUUCAGACGUGGAAUUUUUCAGUUCAUUCGGUUA